GGAGAAAGCGCACAUAGGUACGCUCCUGAUGUGCCCGGCCAGUAUGGCCGUUUUUUCGCUGGUGUCGCAGAACAGUAAACCGACGGCGAUUCGGCGACAAGCACAAAAACCACGAAAGUCCCGGUUAAUUAAAAAUUUUCCUAAUCACCUAUGAUGCUUCGUUCCUAAUUAAAGUUUGAUAUACAUAAUAAUAAAAAUAUUAAAAUUUAAAAAAGCUUAAAAGUGUGAGGAGAUAAAGGAAAAAUAUGAUUAAAGACAUGGCGGACGACGAGGCGACACAGGCGACGAACGACGAUGCGAGCGAGUGCAAGCGUCAUGCGGUGCAGCUCGGAUAUUGGAAUGAUCCGUUCAUUAAUUAUUUCGUUAAGCAAACCGGGCGUAAGCCACCUGAAAUAAACCGUGGCUAUUAUGCUCGGGUCAAGGGUACUGAAGUCUUCGUCGACAAGUUUCUCAAGCUGAGCGGAGGUAAAGGUCAAAUAAUAAAUUUGGGUGCGGGAUUCGAUACGCUGUAUUGGCGAUUGAGAGACGCGGAUAACAGUCCACAGAAUUUCGUAGAACUAGAUUUCCCGAGUGUCACCGCCAAGAAAUGUUACCACAUUAAGAAGCAUAAGCAACUGCUAGACAAACUCAAUACCGAAGAUGGGGAAAUAAGUUUCUCGACGACAGAUCUCCACGCGGCGAAUUAUCAUCUAAUCGGUAUAGACUUGAGGCACAUAUCCGAAUUAGCGAACAAACUGAGCCAGGCUGAGGUUGAUUUCAACCGGCCGACCCUCUUCCUCGCCGAAUGUGUUCUCGUUUACGUCGACACGAUCGCAGCCUCUACUCUCCUCAAAUUCCUCGCCAGCAAAUUUUCAAAUAGUAUCUUCGUCAAUUACGAGCAGGUCAAUAUGCGAGACAAAUUUGGUCAGGUGAUGCUCUCCAACUUACGAUGUCGGGGCUGCCUCUUGUCCGGUGUCGAAGAUUGCGAGUCCUUAGAAACGCAGCAGAGACGAUUUACGAUAAACGGUUGGGAAGGCUCUAAUGCAUGGACGAUGGUUGAGGUUUACGAUUCACUGCCCGAGUCCGAGAGAAUCAGAAUCGAGCGAAUCGAGAUGCUCGACGAGCGAGAACUCCUGACUCAACUGUUGCAACAUUAUUGCAUCGCUAUCGCCUGGAACGGACAAAUCUUCAAGAACCUUUCAAUAGCCCAGGGUUAAAAACAGCUAACAACAACAGUAACAACAAAAAACAAAUAUAUAUGAAACACUAUAUCUCUCUAUUCAUCCAAUCUUGUCGAGUUACUCCAGGUAGUGAUAAAAAUGCCCUAAAACACUAACGAACAGAUACACGCAUAUAUAGAGAUACGUCUAUGUACAUAUUUAUAAUUAUAUUAAUCAAUAUUAUCAUUAUUAUUAUUAAUAAUGUAUAUUAAUAUUUAUAUGGAAUAAUAAUUAUAAUAAUUAAUAUUAUUAUCAUUAUUAUUUUUGUUAUUGUCAUUAUGAUGGAUUAUGUGCAGUCACUGAAGCAUUAAUCAUUACACUUAUCAACAAUUUUUAUAGAAUUUCCAUAUUGUAGCGGAUACUACGUUUAUUUUGGUGAUUAUUUUCGCAUUUGUACAUAUUAACGUUCAUUUACAUUUGAUUGAUACAAUAAUUGCAUUAAUAAUAAUUACUUAUUAUUAUUAUUUUUAUUAUCAUGCAUAUUUAAAUGAUAAUUAUUUGAAUAUCGAUUAGUGUAAUUAUCAAUAUAUACAUUGGUUAACGUGCAGAGUGCUGAAGGUUUAAUAGUCAGUGAUGAUAUUGGAUUGUGGUUGUAAGAGAAUAUCAAGUUGGGAAUGUUCGAUGACUUUCAUCGUUAGACCAUUCGAUCGUCGAUUGGAUAACGGUUAUCGAUUACAAUUGUAGUGGUAAUGCUCUGAACGAUUUUGAAGUGAAGCACAAAUUGUUGAUAUCCAUCUCGCCAAGUAAAGAAACGUUUGGUUUACUUGUGAUUUUUGAAACUCACGUGGACUCUCAAGUCCCUCUGGACUCUAAAUUCAUAUUUAUAUUGAAAUAUUUCAUCGAUUACUUUUUGUAAAAUUUGGACAAUUUAUAACUCUCAGAGGAGCGGGGAUACGAAUGAAGAUGCCGAAGUAAGCGACGAGCCUUGAUUUUUUCAUCACUUUCUCUUAAACCUGGUCGCACGUUCUGUAUAAUCAAUGAGGUAUACGUAUUUUGAAAGGAUUAACGAGGAAAGUUGAUCAAUGCAAUUAUUGCGCGCAAAUUGUGAUAAAAGUGGGUUGUAAACGAAAAUUCGAACAGGUUAUUUAUCAAAAAUUUCCUUCCGGGUUGCGGUCGAGCUCAACAAAUAUUUUGAUUCGAUGAAAUUCCAACGAAAUUUGCUUCCGAUUGUUAAUUUGGUUCGGAAUGAUAGGAAUCGAAGUUCCUAACUUUCCUGUGCGACGGUAACUCGUUAACAAAAUUACUUUGUAACUCGACCGAAGGGAAACUUUAUUUCAAAAUACUCGUACGAGAGUUGGAGAAAAAACUUAAUUGACAAUGCAGACUGAUUACAAUCUUGUCGGUAGAAGAGAAAACUUUGGAAUAAUCGUGAAAUGAAAAAAAUAAUAUUCGUUAAAUAUGAUAAUGAAAGCUGGGACAGCGAUUUUUAAAUCGUAUUUUCACGCGUAAAACACACAAUUUCAUCCCACAUUGUUCUGUCAACUUAACGUGCAUUACUUUUAUUUUUUGGUUUGUGUGUUUUCCAAUAGUCAAAAGUUCUAGUCCAUCAAAGCUGAAAAAUCAAAUAAUUGUAUCGUUAGAAAACGCCAGAAAAGAAUUGUUGAAUUUGGAUUGUAGCGAAAGAAUGAAAAAAUAAUCGAAAAGCAAAUAACGGAGAAAAGUUAUUCGUUUUAACGAAGAACUGAGAAAAGCCGAAAUCGAAAUUGGGCACCUCUACAACGCUGAAUAUUCCGUUUAUGAUUUCCCCUUAAAUUUAGGAUUAAUUUUUAUUCUUAUAUUCUAUUAAUAUCUGAUUGAAUCGGAAAUCACGAAAAAGUCAUGUUUUCGAUUAAUCGUUCCACUCGAAAAUCAUUUUUCCUCAAUCAUUUUCUUCUUUUUAUAAAAAGAAAGAAUAAAUCAGCGUAAUUACAAUUUUUUAAUAAUUGUACAUCAUACUACGAUCAGGCUGAAGAUUUUGGUUCCAAGAACCCGAAUUCUUAAAUCUCUAAAAAAAUGAAGAAUAUCUCGUCCCGAAGAUUCGUUCCCAAGGUAGAACAAAACUAUCGACACUUUCUAAACACAUAUAAUUUUUGUACUUCGAACUCUGAUAAAAUUCUUCGUGUGAACGCGUUUUUCCGUUUGUUAUAAUAAAUUUCCAAUGGAGAAUAAGAAAACGAGUAAAAUUAAGAUUUUAACGAGUAGCAAAUUGUCGAAUGAUCAUUUUGCACGAGAAUAUUGCAAUCGAGGAAAAAACAUCGAGAUUCUUUGCAACGAGACAAAAACACACCUGGAGUAACGAAUAAAAACUGAAAAAUCUUGAAGAAAGGGUGUAUAUCUAAAUGCUAUAUUUUUGUGUCGGAAACCCACAUUUACGAUGUUAAACUUUGAAGAAAAGAAAAAAAUACCAUAAAAAUGAAAAAUAAUGUAUAGAAAGUAAGAAGCUCAGAUCUCUUCUGCGUGUGCUAAAAUCUGUGGAAAUUGUUCAUGAUUGUUCAUGGAAAUAAGAAUUGAAAUUUUUCGUGUUAAUAAAAAAGUGUAACGACUUUCAUUCGUGAAACUGUCGAUUCUGAUUCGAAGUAAUUGUCACGAGUUUAAUGAGCCGUAUUCAUUAUUGCGAAUCACAAUUAUUUAUUCAUGCCAAUAUUCAUUGAAACAUUUUUUCAAAUUCCAAUUUUAAUUCAAUCGAAAAAUGUUUUUGCGUUCUUUUUUGAACUGUACUCGAUGAAAAUCAAAAUUUAUCAACCAGGAAAUAGUUACGAUUUGCUGAAAAAAAAACUGCUGAAAAAUCGACGAAGUUGCGGAAUUUCCUCUUCAAAAAUGAGGCUAGUGGCCACGAGAAAAAAAACAUUGCAGUUUUCUAUCGAUGAAUACAGAAUUUCAAUGCAAAACUGACAGCUUUGGAUAAUCACGUAAUAAUAAGGAGGAAAGCACAGAAAAAGAAAAAAUCAUUCAUUACGAUAUUACGAUAUUCGAAACUUCCGCCUUAACGAAGAAUCAUUUUCUGUGUAUUCGCCAACGAAAAGCCAUUCCUGUUCGUUGAGCUUUCGUUAUUCCGAUUACUCUAACCUUUAUUUAUAAACCAUAAUUAUUUGAUUACGCUAAAAUUGCACCCUGAUACUUUCAUUUAUGCACCAAAGAAAAAUACCUGCUGUCUGACAAUAUUUAUCGAUCGUGCGCUGACGAGGAAAAGUAUGGGAAAAAUUUGCUCCAGACGGCAUUCACGUUAGAUGUAAAAGAAAAAAAAAAUAAGCAACCAAACAAACAAAAAAACUUGAAAAAAUAAAAGUGCAAAAUAUCGUUGUCGGAUGAGUGUAACGCUAAUUGUAACCCAGCGAUGUCAAUAUCGAAGCAAGAAAAUUUCAGUUGCGUUCUAUCUGAAUUCGUUGCUGAAAUAAUUCCAUUUCGCGAAAAGCUCAUUCGGAGGGAGAUUAUUGCUAAUAAACGAAUAUUUUUUUUCCAAAUUAAUAAGGAACGUUGAACUAGAUGUUGCGUUUAAAAAAAGUUGUAUUUUACAAUACGAUCGAUAAGAGUUAAAAUUAAUUAAUGCAAAAUUCUAUUAUGUGCUUCAUCAAUUUUACUUCAAACAAAAAUGUCUUCAUUUUUGAGAAGGAGGGAGGGGGAUAAUAUGAUUAUAGAAAUUUCGUGUGUGCUUCCAUGUCAGCAUUAGACGUAUACAGGAUGCUCAAAGAUGACGAGUAUUUUUCUUAUUAUUGCUGUUUAUUAUAAAAUAUUAAUUUUAACAAUUAUUCAUACUAUUUUCAUGAAUAUUAAUUUUAGUAUUACCAUUAGUUAUUAAAAAUAAUGAUUAUUAAUGGUUAUCAUAACACUUAAAAACGAAAAAUGUGUGAUAAAUAAAUACGAUUUAUAAUCGAACUAUUUUAUGAAAAAUUAAAUAAAUAAUGAUAAUUCGUCGUUGCAUACUUUAUUAGGUUCGUAAUAAAUUUGAAAUAAUGGCCGAAACUCGUUAAUAAUGCAAAAAAAGUGAAAACUUUUUCCGUCUCUAGCGAAUAAUUUUUUUUCCAAUUUCUACUUCGAUUAAACCAGAAUAUUAAAUAGUUUUCGUUUUUAACUAUUUUAAGUCAAACUCCGUGUUGUCGUCCUGCCUCUUUCUCAGUACCUAACGAGUCACGUCCAUUCUUUUGUGCAGCUCUUAUUUUUUAUAAGCACUACCGUAGCUUAUCGAUUUCAAAUUUUAUCAACUUCGAAGCAAAGUAACAAAAUCCUUUUUUAGAUAUAAAUAUAAAUGAUAUUUAAACAUCAUGUACAGUCCUCUCAAAGGUGAACAUUUAUUUUAAUAUUGUGUGAGAUAAAGGAAAAGGUUUACGAAUAAUAAAGAAUAACGAUUAAAAACCUA